AUGCCAGCCGUGCUUGACACUCAGAGGAUGUCAAUCGUGGUGGGAGCAAGAUGCCAUCCAUUGGCUAUGGUGACGUUGUUGGAAUGGCAAAGUUGUGUAUCUGGGUCCAAGGGCACUGGAGAGCAGGGGCGCUCUCAGGCAGGAAAGUCUCUGUAA